AUGCAGCUCUUUUCAGACUUCACACGACGAUUUGGAAAAAAUCACAUCCUCGCCCCGCGUGUGCUGCACCUGAACGCUUACUUUCACCAGCUGACCGGAAGCAGAACGCUGGUGCAGGACCUCCUCAAGGAAGCUCUGCUGCUGUGUGAGAAACAGGGGAACCUUCUAGACCAGAAGUGGAUCAGGCAGAGCCAGGCUGACUGGUCUGGUGCGUGCAGCCACACUCCACCUGAGUGGUCUACAGCUGUUCUGAGCAUGCCCAGUUGGGACGAAGCAGCAAUACUCCAGCCUGAAGAGCUGCUUAAGUGUUGUUUCUACUUGAAAAAAGUGGAGGAUACACGGCCUUCCCGUACAUUAGGAAAAAUGCGCAGGUUAUUUUUUAACACCUAG